AUGAGGGCGAUCCUCCCUCUUCUGUCCCUGGGCACUGUCGCCCAGGCGUUGUACUUCUUCAUUGAUGGCACAACGCCCAAGUGCUUCUUCGAGGACCUGCCCAAGGACACUUUGGUUGUGGGACACUACGAUGCCCAGGAGUUUGACGAGAACACGCAGACGUGGUCGAAACACGAUGGCAUCAGUAUCUACAUUUCUGUAGAUGAGGUCUUUGAUAAUGACCACCGCGUGGUCUCGCAACGUGGUUCCUCUGCAGGUCGUUUCACAUUCAGCGCCGCCGACGCCGGUGAGCACCGCAUCUGCUUUACGCCCUCCUCGAGCUCCGGGCGCCAGGGCUGGCUCAGCGCCCUGCACCCCAAUGGUGGCAUCAAGUUGUCUCUCGACCUCGCGAUCGGUGAGACGAGCGAGAUUGAGAGUACCGAUAAGGGCAAGAUGGAGGACAUUUCGCAGCGCGUGCGCGAUCUGAACGCAAGACUGCAGGAUAUCCGAAGGGAACAGGUCUUCCAGAGGGAACGCGAGGCCGAAUUUAGAGACCAGUCAGAAACUACCAAUGCUCGUGUUGUGCGAUGGAUGUUGAUCCAGGUUGUUGUUCUGGGCGCUACUUGUGCAUGGCAACUCUCUCAUCUCAGAUCCUUCUUCAUCAAGCAGAAGCUUACGUAA